AUGGAAGACAACGUCUCUUCUGCAGAAGCAUACGACGACUUGACGUCGUUGUUUUUACCGGACAUUCUUCACACCAACAAUGCUGGUGGAUCAACUGGUGGGGCCGUUGUUGGUGCAGGCUCCAACCUCAGUAACUCCAGUAAUGAAAGCAACACACCAAACUCAAACACCAAUGCCCAAAGAAUUCGUCAAGAAUUGCCAUCGCCUUUUGCAAAUUCCUCGAUGAACUCCAUGGGGAUGAAAAUGUAUGAUAUGAACACCCAGCCAUAUAACUUCGGCACUCCCUUGAGGCAAGACGAAUUGACUUCGUUCAAUAAUUUCAUCACCAACAACGAUUUCAUAUCCAACAGCAACAACGAAUUGCCCUACAAUAACAAUGCUUUCACCAACUACAAUAGUGGUAUGAACAAUAACAACAACAACAACAACAACAACAACAACAACAACAACAACAACAACAACAACAGUAAUAGUAGUAACAAUAACAGCAAUGAUAACAACUCCUCGAAUAGCGGUAGUAACCCACUUGGACAUAAUACCAACAUGGUUGGAAUGGUAGGAGGAGGAGCAGGAGGAUCCUUUCAGGCUCCCUCCAGUCAUAUAAAUGGUAAUAAUAUGGAAAAUGGACUAUUUAGCGCUAAUGUGGCAGAAGGAAGUAUGGGACAUGGCAAUAUCUAUUCCAACAGCCACGGUUUUCCUUUGAGUAACAGCAACAGCAGCAGCAAUAUCAUGAACAGUAACAUUGGCAAUAACAUAAAUCACAACAAUAAUAAUAGCAACAGCGGCCCCAAUCAUAAUAACAAUGCCAAUAAUAACAAUAUGGCCAACAACACAAACAACUCUGGAUUGGAUGGACCUAACGGGAAUACUCCUAAUAUGCAGCUUAAUCCGUAUAUCAACCAUUAUGCUAACUUUAUGCCCAUAGAGGCCGCCGCUUCUGCGGCAGUACAGCAACAGCGUCAGCACAUGUACCCAAUACCCCCACAGCAGACUUUCAACCCUGACCUAGCUUGGUUUGGUAAUAAUCAAUUUGAACAGCAAUAUAUAGAGAAGCCUCUCGUUGGAAACACAAAGGUGAAAGCCGAACCUGCUGAUCAACCGCAAGAACUGCAGAUGUCGAUAGAAAAAGAUGAUGGCACUCAUGUCAAAUCUGAAGACUCGAAGAAAAAGAAAGGUGAUAAUAAGAAGCUCAAGCAAGGUCUGCUGCAGGGUCUGCUGUCUAUAGACACCCUCAAGUCGGCUCCAGGAAAAUUGUCAAAACGAUUAGGAGGGAAAUUGACCAGACUUCUUGAUUUUAAACCGCCUCCUGUUCAGACUGGUUCCGAGUACAAGAUUAUAGAUUCAGAUAAUAAUGAAAUAACCGUUGAUCUCUCUGGAUUUUUGAAUGGGAGGUUCUAUACAAAUGAAGUCGACAAUAGAAAUUAUUACAGGAUUAAUGUUAGUAACGAAGAACCUGUGGGGGAAGAAGCAACUGGCGAUGCUUCAAGUGAAAGGAAAGGUGGCAAUUCCAAAACUGGUGGUGCAGAGAUUGGCGGUCUUGGAAACAAUUCCACCGGUGAAGUUUUAGCUAGAGACCAACCUCCUAAGAUUCUUUCCUGUUAUCGUCGUAACUUCAUCCAACUUUCCCUUAACUUAAAUCUUUCUGGGUUUAAUUCCAAAAGUAGUAAAGUGUUGAAGCUACAGACAUCAAAGUUUGGCUAUUCUGUGACUAGAGUAAUCAAAUGGUUUAAAAUUGACAUUUUGGCAAAUACCAAUUUUUCUAAUAUUGAAAAUGUGCCGAUGACGAUACAUCUUGACAAAAAGGAUAAGGCAAAAAAGAUGAAGAAAGAUGAACCCCAAAACGUAAAGCAGGAUUUUAAUAUGGAGUGGUUUUCAAAUCAAGAAAAUAUUAUCCAUCUAAAUGAUGCAGAAGCGACUCCAAUAUCUAAAGAUGUGAACUCAAAGAAAGAAAUUGACAAGUACUACGCAGUGAAAAAGCUUCAAUUCAAAAGUGCCACACCAAACAACGGGAAACUCUCGUUUCAGAAUUAUUAUAACCUUAUUAUAAGACUUUCUGCUGUAGUCGCUGAUCCGUACUAUGAUGACUAUGUUGAUGAAUUCUCACAACUGGCCGGGCAGAACAAUGGUGCUAAUAAUAACGAAGUAGCGUUAGUUGAUUUGGUGAGCGAGCCAAUGAUUGUAAGAGGUAGAAAUCCUUCUUUCUACGGUGAGAGAAAUGAUAUAUUGAUCAAGUCCAGAUCAACAAAUUCGAGAGAGAGUUUCAAGUUGGCAUCUCAUUUAAAUCGUUCGUUAAAGCUGCAUUCGAAGGCUGGGCCACUCUCAUCAUCGGAUACAUUCAAACCUUUAACAGAAGCUAGUGAAAAUAUCAGAGUCGAAGGUUUGGAAGACGCAGACUUUGCUGACGAUCCAUUUGAAAAUGAGGAUGCUGAGGAAGAUGUCGAAGAAGUCGAAGAAGUCGACGACGCUGAGCCUGCCUAUGACUGGGAAGAAGAUGACUCUUCUGAUAGUGAAACGGAUAGUAAACCUAAAUCUAUGAUUCAACCGUAUUCCAAUCAAGAGAAUUCAGACAAAUCAAUACCCCCGAUUGUGUACAGUGCCACAUCCUCUUCUUCCAUCAAUCUCAAGUCUAUGUUAAACACAAGUACUGACUCAAACAACAGCAAUGAUGGGAGUGCUAAAUUAGACAGACUUGUUCCAUCGAAGAAGGCACUGAAGUCCCGUUACAAGUAUUUUCCUGUUUCCAAUGUAUAUUACCUUCCACCUAUAAAUGUGGUGUAUUUCCCACACGGUGCUCACCAAACCAAAAAAGAAAUGGCAGACUCUAGAGAAUCAGAAAUAUCUGUUGAUGAUUCUGAGAAACCACAUUCUCCACAAAGACGAAAGAGUUCCAAUGUGUAUUUCAGGUAA